CAACAGCUGGCGGAGGAGCAGCACGGCACCCCCUGCAACAUCCCCUGGUACAUCAUGACAAGUGGCCGGACUAUGGAGUCGACAAAGGAAUUCUUUGUGAAGCAUCACUAUUUUGGCUUGAAGAAGGAAAAUGUCAUUUUCUUCCAGCAGGGCAUGCUGCCUGCCCUGGGUUUUGAUGGGAAAAUCCUGCUGGAGGAGAAGGGCAAGAUUGCUAUGGCACCAGAUGGCAACGGGGGCCUGUACCGGGCCCUGGGGGCACAUGGCAUUGUGGAGGACAUGGAGCGGAGGGGCGUGCAGAGUGUCCAUGUCUACUGUGUGGACAACAUCCUGGUGAAGGUGGCUGACCCCAGGUUCAUCGGGUUCUGCUUGGAGAAGGGAGCAGACUGUGGGGCCAAGGUGGUGGAGAAGACCAACCCCACAGAGCCAGUCGGUGUGGUGUGCCGAGUGGAUGGUGUCUACCAGGUGGUAGAGUACAGUGAGAUCUCCCUGGCCACUGCCCAGAAACGGGGCCCGGAUGGGCGGCUGCUCUUCAACGCAGGCAACAUUGCCAAUCACUACUUCACCACUGCCUUCCUGAAAGAUGUAGUCAACACUUACGAACCGCAGCUGCAGCACCACGUAGCUGAAAAGAAGAUCCCACAUAUGGACAUCACUACAGGGCAGCUGAUCCAACCCGAGAAGCCCAAUGGGAUAAAGAUGGAAAAGUUUGUCUUUGACAUCUUCCAGUUUUCCAAGAAGUUCGUGGUGUAUGAGGUGCUGCGUGAGGAUGAGUUUUCUCCCCUGAAGAAUGCAGACAGCCAGAAUGGUAAGGACAACCCCACAACAGCCCGACAUGCCUUGAUGUCCUUGCACCACUGCUGGGUUCUCAACGCAGGGGGACACUUCGUGGACGAAAAUGGCACACGCAUCCCUGCCAUCCCUCGUGUCACAAACGGAAGGUCAGAUGCCAUCCCAGCAGAUGUCAAUGACAACUUGAAGGAUGCAAAUGACCUGCCAAUCCAGUGUGAAAUUUCUCCCCUCAUCUCCUACGGAGGAGAGGGUCUGGAAAAGUACGUGAAGAACCGAGAGUUCCGCGCACCUUUGAUUAUUGACGAGGAUGGGAUCCAUGAGCUGGUGAAGAAUGGGAUGUAGCAGCAGCACAGUGCCCAAGCCAGGCUGCCCGUUCCGCCUGGUGGGCUGGGAAUUCAGACAUAUGAAGGUUUAUAGCUGUAGCUGGUAGGGGCUGGUCCUGCUUGCUGUGGCCCUGUGCAGAGGAGGAUGUAACCCACUCGGCUCUUGGCAUGUUGUAUGCUUCUAUUUAUAUUUUAAUUUAAAACCCAAACACCUUAUGGAUUCCCCCUGCCACAAAGCACAGCUACGGUGCUGCUCUUUGCACUCCAGGCUGUGGGCAUUUAUUUUUAAACAUGUAUAUAGUAAUAUUCAUUGUACAUGCAGAGGAUUUUUAUGGUACAGGGCUGGGGUUAAUCUUGAAUUUUUAUUUUUCUCAAAUCUACAUGAUUAUUUUUUUUAAUAGGGUCCUUGUCAUUGCCCAUGUCCUCCCUUUUGGUCAUCCUUCAUAUGUUGCAUAACUGGAAGCACCCGAUUAAA